ACUCCCUGCACUCCUCUGUUCUCUCUUCUCUUUCCUCUGUCUCUCUCUCUCUGACUCUGUCUUCACCGCUUCCACCUUUGAUGUCUUGUUAUACAGAGCAACCUUACCACUGACCACACUCCAUUUUCAGUUCCUUUUUGUUUCCCAACAACUUUCUUAACAAUCAAACAGCCUGAGAUUUCUCAUUACUACAACAAUGUUGUUAUUGUCAUAGUUGCUUUCCUUUAGUUCCACCCCACAAUUUUUCUUCCACCAUCAUUUUGAUUUUUUGAGUGUGAACUAGCCAAGCUUAGUAGAAUAGAAGAGCUUUUUUGAUGUGCCCAUGAAAAGUAGCAGUCAAAGUUGCAUGCUUUAGAGGGAAAGUCUCUAUCUUUGAGGAUAAUGUAGCAUCCCCUUUGUGGGUUUAGGGUUUAGUUUCACUUUGUCUCUUGAUCACUCAGUGUUCUUACAUGAUUUGAGCUUUGAAGAACAACAACAACAAGAUGUUUGGUUUCUCUCGUAGGCACAUGAAACUUGGCAGCAGAUUGAAGGUUCAGCUUUCUGACAAUACCCAGGGAACUAGAAGUCCUGUGAGGCACCACAAGAGAAAUGGAAACUCCAAUGGUGAUGGAGUUGGGAGGACUAGUGGUCAUUCUCCUGAGGAAAUUGAUUCUGCUGCACCUGAGAUUAGUGUCAGUACACCAGGUAGCUCAGAGAAUUGGAUGGUGUUGUCACUUGCAGGGGAUAAGCCCACUCCUAGAUCCUAUCAUGCAGCAGCUGUUAUUGAGAAUAAGAUGAUAGUGGUUGGCGGCGAAUCUGGGAGUGGAUUGUUAGAUGAUGUGCAGGUGCUUAAUUUUGACACAUUUUCAUGGACCAAAGCAUCGUCUAAGCUUUACUUAUCACCAAGUAGUCUGCCACUAAAGAUUCCAGCUUGCAAGGGUCACAGUUUGAUUUCUUGGGGGAAAAAGGCACUUCUUGUUGGAGGGAAAACAGACCCGGGAAGUGACCAAAUAUCUGUAUGGGCUUUUGAUACAGAGACAGAAUGCUGGUCACUCAUGGAAGCAAAGGGAGACAUACCGGCUGCUCGCAGUGGUCACACUGUUGUUAGGGCUAACUCUAAAUUAAUAUUGUUUGGGGGAGAAGAUGCUAAAAGGAGGAAACUGAAUGAUCUACAUAUGUUUGAUCUCAAGUCCUUGACAUGGCUUCCACUUCACUGCACGGGAACAGCACCUUCUCCAAGAUUCAAUCACGUAGCAGCACUUUAUGAUGGUAAAAUUCUUCUUAUAUUUGGUGGAGCUUCAAAAUCCAGAACCUUGAACGACUUGUAUUCACUUGACUUUGAAACGAUGGCAUGGUCAAGAAUAAAGAUACGGGGUUUCCAUCCAUCACCUAGAGCCGGUUGUUGUGGUGUUUUAUGUGGCACUAAAUGGUAUAUUACAGUGGGUGCAAGCAGGAAAAAACGACAUGGAGAGACUUUGAUAUAUGAUAUUCUAAAAAGUGAAUGGUCUGUGGCAGUUGCUUCGCCUCCGUCUUCUAUCACUACCAACAAGGGUUUUAGCCUGGUACACGUGCAGCACAAGGAAAAGGACUUUCUUGUUGCAUUUGGGGGAUCCAAAAAAGAGUCAUCAAAUCAGGUGGAAGUAUUGAUAAUAGAAAAAAAUGAAUCAGCACUGAGAAGACGGCUAACUGCUACCGAAGUUCCUGGAUCUAUACUACAUGACAAACAUCCAUCACCAAGUGGAUUGGCCUCUCAACGUAAAAAUGGCUCUUCCCAACGUUUCAUUGACCUUUUUUCUCAACACAAUCUAUCAUCUGGAAUUGGUCAUGGUUCUGAAAGGAAGUCUCUUUCAGAAUCCCUGCUUGUAGAAGAUUCCAGCUCUCUCCCUACUAAAAUCACCCUUGGCAGGCAAUUUGAUCAUGAUGAAGAAAUCAACGCACAUAUUAGGAUUGACAAGCAUUCAGAAGAUGAAAGUUCUUUACCUCAGGCAGCAGAUCAUAGAACAAAUCAAAAUGGCUCUGGAAGUCAGAGGAACAUGAGUGGAGCCAAGAUCAACAUGGAGGAGCAGGUGUUUGUAACCGGAAGUUCAAAUCAACAAAAUCUAGGUCUUGGAAAUGUCAUGCUAGAAAGUGAGGAUGUGUCAUUCCCUGAAAACACUAAAUCGGGAUCGCACUCUGCUGCUUCAAACAUAUAUCAUUAUUACGAAACUAAAGUGGCUUCCCUGAUAAGAAAAUUCGGCAUUCUGGAGGGACAAUUGGCAGCUGCGUUAGCAGGCCGAGAAGCUUCUGAGAAAAGCUUAGCAUCAGCUUUUAAAAGCAGGCAGGAGGUGGAGAAAAAAUUAGCUGACACGCUGAAGGAGGUAGAAUUACUGAGAGAGAAGGUAGCUGGUUCAGAGUUGGCUCAAGAAGAAGCCAACAACCUAUCCAACAUUGUCCACUCUGACAAUGUAAGGCUUGAGCAUGAUGUGGCAUUCCUCAAGGCUGUUUUAGAUGAUACACAAAAGGAAUUGCACUCAACAAGAGGAGUUCUUGCUGGAGAAAGAGCCAGGGCAUUCCAAUUACAGGUUGAAGUAUUUCAUCUCAAACAGAGGCUGCAAUCAAUGGAAAAUCGAGCACCAACUCCGAGGAAGCCUUUUCAUGUAUGAUGAAUGAAUGAAGGUGUUCUGAAUGGUGAAUGGAUGAUACCAAUCAAAUUCAGCAAAAAUGAUGAUAGGGACAAAGCUCACUCCUUUCCUAGAAUGAGGACAAAGUGAAUGCAUAAGACAAGACACGGGCAUUUUGAGUUGAAGACUUGGACAAUGCUUGGUUCUCAAAAUGAAAGUACGAGACAAAAUUGGAUCCGCACUACAUUGUUUGAUCAAGUGCACCAUCUUCCACGGUCGUAAUAGAAGAUUGUGAAACAUAAAGAAAGUGGAGAUAUUAUUAGUUUAUAGUUCAUUGAUCUCAAUCUAGUUGAAUUGUGAUCAAUUUAAUAACAAUUAUAUAUACAUUUUGUAAUAUUAUAUAAUAUAUAAUUAAUACCUCUAACUUGUGCAAUGAGGUGUCCGUGAAUUAGAGAGUUACAAGAACUUAUUUUUUAAAAUAAAAAUAUAAGAUUCAGUAACAUUUUUUGGGCGGGGCAUAAAUUUGCCUCCACCCAUUUGAGUUGUGCACAUGAUGAGUGCAUUUAGAUAAAUAACAAUUAUUAAACGCUAGC